UUAGUUUCUGUUAGCAGUGCAUUUCGAAAACAAGAGUGCAGAUAUAAUAAUGGAGAGCAAGUUUUCCCAUGAUAUUGAACCAGUUGCUCAGGAUUGUGAAAAUAAUGAACAAUUUGGGUCUCGAGACAGAAGGGAUAUUGAAAAUCAACUUCCCGACUCUGUACUAAUUCUUAAUGGAAUGAAAGUGAAUUAUGAAAAUGUGUGUGAAAUUCUUUGGCGGGCUGCUGUGGAAGAUAAUUGGAAGCUUGCUGAACAAAUUUUAAACAAGGAUCCAAGCUUUGUUCGUCAAACGAUAUCGGACCAACUUGGAACAAUACUUCACAUUGCAGCAACAACAAAAAGCACCCGAUUUGUGCGAGAGCUAAUGAAACUGAUUGAAGUAAGUGAGUUGGAAGUGAAAAAUAAAUACGGGAAUACAGCUUUUUCUCUUGCAGCAGGGUCAGGGUUCAUUGAAAUUGUUAAAGCAAUGAGGGGAAAAAAUGAGAAUCUACCGAACAUCCGUGGUUACCAGGAAAGAUUACCAAUCACUACGGCAGCUAUGAAUGGGUAUAAAGCUAUGGUAUCAUACCUUUUUGAGGUCACAAAAUUUGAUGUGAUACAACAACAAGAACGCUUAGACCUUCUUAGGCUCACUACCCAGAAUGAGAUGUAUGAUGUAGCAUUAUAUAUACUUAAGAAGGACAGAAAAUUAGCCAGUAAAACGUUACAAGAAAGUGUUAGUGUCUUACACAUUCUAUCUGGAAAGUCCUUAGUGAUCAGUAACCGCGAAGAAAAUUUGAAGAGAUUCAUUGAAGGAGGUUAUUCUCCGGUUUGGAGAAAGUUUAUUAGCUUGAUUUUCAUGGCCAGGAGUCAAUUCAUUACAUUGCUAAAAUUGCUUCAAACUUCGGGGGUACUCCCAGAAAGAUAUGUACCGGAGAAACAAGCAGGUCUACUACUUGAGGAGCUAUUGGCGGAGUGUAAAAGAAGUGCAAAGGAUAAGCUAUCGGACGUACUGAUAAAUGAAGGCUUGAUCCGUUGGGCUGCAAUAGCAGGAAAUGUAGAGUUUUUAGUUCUGGUUAUUCACAGUUAUCCUGAUCUUAUAGACUACCUUGACCAAAAAGGCCGGACCAUUUUCCAUCUUGCGGUUUUACUUCGGGAGGAAAAAAUCCUCAGUCUUAUACAUCAAAUAGGAGGAAUGAAAAACUUUCUUCUUCCAAGAUAUGAUAUCGAUGGAAAUAACAUUAUACAUUUGGCUGGGAGGUUAGGGGUCACAAAUUAUUUUGAUAAGGACAAGAUUAUGCCGCCAUCGUUUCUCAAGGUUUCUGGAGCAGCGCUUCAAAUGCAAAGAGAGAUAAUGUGGUUCAAGGAAGUGGAGAAACUUUUACCACCUUCACACCACCAGAUGAGAAACAAAGCUGGAAAAACGCCAAGGGAAUUAUUCACCGAAGAGCAUAAGUUAUUACUAAAAGAAGGGGAAAGGUGGAUGAAAGACACUGCAAAUUCUUGUAUGAUUGUAGCAACUUUGAUUGCCACGAUGGUUUUUGCUGCAGGCUUUACUGUGCCAGGUGGUAAUAACGGCAAUAAUGGUAUUCCAGUAUUGCUAAAAUUCAAUGGAUUUGUGGUCUUUGUCAUAUCAGAUGCAGUGGCUCUAUUCAGCUCAAUCAUUUCCAUAAUUAUGUUCUUGUCCAUUCUGACGUCUCGCUAUGCUGAAGAUGAUUUUCUUGUGUCAUUGCCUGCCAAGUUAUUCUUCGGACUUACGGCGUUGUUUGUCUCAAUAGUUAGCAUGCUCUUGGCGUUUACAGCAACCUUCUUUUUGGUCUACAGUAAUCAUACGGGUUGGGAGCCAAAGCUCAUUGCUGCCUGUGCUGGUAUUCCUGUAGCUUUAUUUGGGUGUUUACAGUAUAAACUAUGGUUUGAUGUGGCAAAAUCGACAUAUUCGUCCAGGUUCUUUCUUAGGCCAGGAAAGCACAAACUCUUUUAACAACAGAGC